AUGGUGAACUUGCCGGAGGAAAUCAUGUUGGAUAUCCGUGUUAGGUUACCUGUGAAGACAAUUGGUCGAUUCAGGUGUGUUAACAAGACCUGGUACGAGUUAUUGAAUGAUUGUGAGAUUGUUCAAAAUCACCUAGAUUAUGCUAUUGAAAUAAACAGAUUAAGUCUUAUGCUUUAUUCUUGGGAAUUGAAAAAUCAUCAGGAGGACAUUCACACCAUAGAUUAUGAUCCAUCAGCACCUACAAGUAGAGCCCAAUUUACACCUCUACCUACAUGUACUGGUUGUGUUCAUAAGAAACUCCCAUUCGUAGUGAAAAGACAUUAUUUUCGUGACCUUCAGUUUCUUGGAUAUUGCAAUGGUUAUUCUGGGCGUCAAGUUAAGAGGUCUGAAGUUCACCUCUAUGCAUUAGGAUCAUAUAAUUGGAAAAAACUCGAGAGCAUUCCUUAUACUGUUUAUGGUCAGCCUGAUGUUGCUAAGGUGCCCGUUAAUGGAGUUAUUCACUGGAUAGCAUAUGGCCGUAAAAAUAAAGUUAUUAUUUAUUUUAGUUUUGAGAAAGAGAUAUUCCAAGAGAUUCCAUGGCCUAAAUUGUUAAAUGAAGAUAAGUUUGAAGCAAGUCUUUGUGUGUUGGGAGGGUCUCUUUGCAUAUGGCAUUUUAAUCCUGACAUUGGUGUUAAAGUGUGGGUUUUGAAGGAAUGCCAAGGGAGAAAGUCUUGGAAUAAGCUUUUCACCGUUGACCUGAUUAUUUUUUUUGGGUCGGUUGUAGAUUUUCUGCCCUUGCAAUCGUUGAAGAAUGGUGAGUUUUUGUUUGGAUUAGACACAGAUGUUGGUUUUUAUGUCCAUCAAUAUGACCCCAAACAUGAAACCUCUAGACUUCUUUUUGUCUACGAGGAUAAGGUUUACUCUUCAAGCACAACAGUCUAUGUUGAGAGUUUAGUUUCACUGAACUCUGGUAGUUAUGUGGACGACAUCGAUAAUGUUGUGGAUGCUGACAGUGAUGCUGAAUUUGAAGUUUUAUAUGAUGAAGAUGGAUCGACGUACUGUGAACACAAGAUAAUCAAGAGGGUUUGA